GCGGGAGGGGUCAUGGAGGACGGACGCGAGCAGAAGACGACGCGGCGCGCAGCAGCGGGACCUGUCCGGCCUGGUGGGGGAGACGGUGAUGCUGCCGUGCCACGUGGACACGGCGUCGUGCGGCACCGUGCACUCGGUCAAGUGGUACAGGGGCUCCUCCAGGAUCUACGUCUUCAGCGAGAUGGCGGUCGUGGACCACGCCGAGGGUGACUACGUCGACAGAGCGGACCUGCACUACAAGGCCAACGCCACCAUGAUGCACCUGAGUGUAAAGAAUCUGGCGGUGGUGGACGAGGCGACGUACAAGUGCGAGAUCACCUACAACGAGGUCAAGGACGGCUGCUCGGUUGUGCAGUUCAUCAACCUCACCACCAUGAUUAAGCCGGAGUACGUCAAGAUUACGCGGGAAGGCAACGAGCUGCAGAACGCCACGCUGAUUGGUCCCUUCAGCGAAGGCGACGACCUGGCGCUGACGUGCGAGUCCGGGGGCGGCAAGCCCACCCCCACCGUGGCCUGGUACAACGGCACGGCCAAGCUCGGCGGUGACUACACGACGGAGCCGGGUUCCAACGGUGCGGGCACUGGGCGCAACUCCGUGCGUCUGGCGCUGACACGCGGCGACCUGGGCGCCAAGUACGAGUGCAGGGCCACCAACGACGCCCUGGAGCUGCCCAUGAUAGCCUCUGUCGAGGUGGACGUCAACGUUCGGCCGCUGGCGCUGGAGCUGACGGGCGUGGACCAGCACGUGGUGCAGGGCUCCAGCGUGACGCUGCAGUGCGUGGUGUCGGGGGCGCGGCCCUCGGCCACCGUCACGUGGUACAACGGCACGGAGCCGCUGGACGCCAACCGCGUCGAGAUCAAGGACACCAAGUCCCUGCAGUCGGACGGCACCCACGACACCGUCAGCGAGCUGGUGUUCGCCGCCACGCGCUACGAGAACGGCGAGUCCCUCACCUGCGAGGCCACCAACGAGGUCCUGCUGCUGCACAGCGAGCCGCCCAUGCGCAAGACCGUGGCGCUCGAAGUCAUGUACCCGCCCAUCGUGUCGGUGACUCCCGACAACGUGACCGUCAACGAGUCCACCGACAUCCUGCUGUUCUGCCAGUACGAGGCCAACCCCGCCACUCUCAAGAGCGUCAAGUGGCGGCGCGACGGCGAGGUGGUGCUGCUGGACCGCAAGGACCACUACGAGGGCGGCACCCCGGACCAGACGACGCUCCUCAUCAAGAACUCGACGCGCCACGACCACGGCAUGUACACGUGUGAGCUGGAGAACGGCGUGGGCAAGGGCAACUCGUCCAACGGCGUCUACGUCAACAUACAGUUCCGGCCCGUGGUGAAGCUGGAGAUGGAUCCGCCGACGCCGGUCAGCGAGCUGUCCAAGAUGAACAUCACGCUGAUCUGCCGCGUGGAGGCGGGCAACCCGGACACGCUGACGGAAGUGCACUGGUACAAGGACGGCGAGCUCGUCGACCCGGACGAGACGCUGCAGGCCGUGCGCUGGCUCCUGGACGGCGAGCUGCUCAAGGAGCUGCCCGACUGCAACUCGACCGCCAUGGGCGACUCGUUCUGCGACGUGGACCCCAGCAAGCUGCUGCUCGAGGCCGUGGAGCGCUCCUUCCACGGCAACUACUCGUGCGAGGGCGCCAACGAGGCCGGCUGGGGCCCGGUCUCCGACGACACGCCGCUCAUCGUGUACUACCCACCGGGACCGGCGGAGCUGACUCACGACGUGACCGUGGUGAAGAACAGCGCCAUCACGCUGAGCUGCGCCGUGUCGGACCUGGGCCGGCCGCCGACGACCACCUUCCGGUGGCUGCGCAACUCGUCGCCCGUCAACAACGUCACCUCGGCCAACUGGACCAUCAACCCGGUGACGCUGCGCACGCGCUCCAACUUCACCUGCCUGGCCGUCAACGAGGGCGGCGAGGGCGAGAGCGCCACCGCCGAGAUCAACGUCCUGGCUCCGCCGUCCUUCAUCGAGCGCCUCAACCCGUACGAGGGCGCGCCCUUCAACGCCACGCACAUCAACAUCUCGUGCCAGGUGGAGUGCCAGCCGCUGUGCGACGUCAACUGGCUCAAGAACGGGCAGCCCGUGGAGCUGUCGCGCGGCGCGGACAUGGCCAUGUACUCGGUGCGCAACGUGGUGGUGGACCCGGACUACAACCGCGGCGACUUCGACUCGAUCCGCUCCACGCUCAUCUGGAACAUGGCGGCCUGGCCCAACGGCCAGCUGGACCGCGUGCACGACAACGCCAACUACACGUGCCAGAGCUCGGGCAACCCGGUGGGCAACGGCGUCAAGAGCACCACCAUCUUCGGCGUCGAGUACCCGCCGGAGAACAUCACCGUGUCCAAGCAGGUGGUGUCGGUGGUGGAGUCCCGCGUGCCCGAGCUGGUGCUGUGCUCGGCGCGCGCCUACCCGGAGGCCAGCUACGAGUGGCGCGCCGAGAACUCGACGGACGAGACGAGCGUGGUGAAGCGCAACAAGCUCAUCCUCAACAAGUCGAUGCACCGCAAGGACAGCGGCAACUGGACCUGCACCGCCAUCAACCGGCACGGCUCCAUCUCCACCACCAUCCGCAUCGACGUGCAGUACAAACCUGAAUGCACCAUCGCGUCGGAGGAGGUGGAGGGCCAGCUGGUGCUGACGUGCAUGGUGCGCGCCAACCCGGACCAAGUGAGCUUCACGUGGCGCAUCGAGAACUCGAACGAGACGGUGGAGGAGAACGUGGUGAGCCAGGGCCUGCGCAGCCGCCUGACGCUCGACACGCGCGCCGAGGACACGCGCACCUACCUGUGCUACGCCACCAACGCGGUGGGCACGUCCUUCCCCUGCGAGCGCGGCGUGCAAGCCCACUACAAGGAGAAAAGUAGUAAGUUAGCUGCAGGCAACCUGAGUUGGUGGAAGCGCCUGGAGAACGACAACCUGAUGAUCAUCAUCGCCGUGGUGGUCAGCACCAUCAUCAUGGUGCUCAUCAUCUGCAUCAUCAUCAUCCUCGUGUGCAGGCGGAAGCGGGCUGCAGACAAGUAUAAUAAUCCUGUGGAGCUGGAGGAGAGACAAAACUAUGAGAGAUUCGUGGCGAAUCUCUAUGGCCAACAGUUACUGUAUCCUGAGGGAGACGCGAGUGCCCCCGCUGGGGCCCCGGACGGCAAGCCGGACGGAGCGCCCUCGCCCGGCGCCCCCUCCCCCGCCGAGAGCCCCGCCCUCGCCAGCCCCAACGCCCGCCACCAGCACAAGUGGCCGCUCAAGCCGGGCGUCAUGGUGCACGUCAACGGCGCGCACAGCCUCAGCCUGUCCCGCCUGCCGGACCACCUGGCCAACAACAACAACACCAGCAGCGUCAACAACAACUGCAGCAGCACGCCCGCGCUCAACCCCGCCCCGCCCAAGAAGCAGAAGAGACGGAGGCGCGCGGGCAGCCUGACGACGCUGCAGGCCCAGCAGGCCCCACCCAGCAUGCCGGACGAGACGAACCAGCACUCGCGCGCCAACCGAAUCCGCCAGAUGUUCUCCAACUGCGACCAGAACGGCAGGAACAGCUACAGCUCCAAGCGCGGUGACACCCUGCCCGGGGUGUUCCACAGCAAGUCGGGAGUGGUCACGUUCAAGAGGCUAGACGAGUCGGCGAAUCCCGGUGGCUCUAGAAAGCGCAAGAAGCCGGGUGCAGGCCCCAAUCCCGCCAUCAGCAAGGACAAAGCCAAGGACAGAAACAAUGCUCCCGGCGACGCCCUGCUCCCGGCCGACGGGGACGGCAAGGCCUUCUACGAGAACCUGCCCUUCCACGGCAUCCAGAACGCGCCCAAUAAGCCCUACAGGCCCGAGUUCUCCGAUUUGGACUACGCGGACGUGGACUACCGCUCGUACGGCCCCAUCAACUACAAAGCGGCCUCCAUCCUGGCGGCAGAGCACGCUGACGACGAGCCCCAGAACCAGUACCAGCAGUACCAGUACCCAAGCGGCCGCCUGAGCCUCGCCAGUUGGCGGCCACCCCCGCCUCCCGAUGAAGACUACCUGUAGUUGGACCAGGUGCACUGACUCUUGCUCUCACUGGGCCAUCAAGUUCAACCUAAACUCAUCAUCAGCCUGCAUAUCAUCACUAUGUAAUUUAAUGUGGUUGUCUCUUGAUUUGACUCGUCCGUGUUGAAUGACCUGUGUUCCCAAAAUUGUAUUUAUGGUAUUCUGGAACUAGUUUACACAGGUCAGUGUUAUGUAGUCUCUCUGUUUUGUUUGCCAGUGAAUACACGAAUGAAAAAUAUUCUUCUAGAAAUUGCACAGAACAGAAAAACAUAUUUGACCACCAAAUAUGUUUGCAAACCUCCAUAUGUUGUUUUGUUAGUAAAUUGCAACUGUUCUGGGGAUAAGGGAGAAUUUGCAUCUGUGUAUGACCAUGUUGGAAAUACUAAUCCAAACAUGAGUGCUGGAUCACACAUGUUGGAAGUAUUACUCCUCUUUUUGUUACUCACAAUCCAAAUUAUGGAACUACUGUGAGGCACUGUGGUUAGUUUUGCUGUGCGUUUCUCUCAUUGUAUAGUUCGUACUAUAGAGAUAUUUAAAAUGGACUGUUUAGGAAAAGAGUUCAAUCUUGAGAUGGUGUAUUUGAUAGUAAGUGGUCAUUACAGUGCACAAGUGCUCAAAGUCCAUUUAUAUUUGACCAUUUGUUAUCAAAAUAUCAUCUCCGGUUACUGAAGUGGAAAUGUGGGUAGGGCUCCCGUUAUAUGAAGGACCAAUUAAUAUGAUUAUGGGCUGCCAUAAUAUUAUUCCCAUUUUUUCAUUGAAACUCUACUCCCACAUCAAAAGAGUUUUCUAGCUCCGUGUCCAUAGAGCACAUAGGUAUUUUUGUACAAACUGUAAAGUGGAAUUGAUUGGUGUGAAGAUAGGUUCACACCCAUGUAAAUAGCUGAUGGUGUCCAUUUGUCUUUUUUAAUUAAAUUUGCUGUAUUGCUUUGUUUUUAUUUAUGGUUUUGUUCAGAGAACAAAAUGUACAGAAACCUGCUCCUCAAGAUUGUAAAGUGUUAGUGUCCACGUUUCCAUGGUUUAUGAAACCAUGAAUUUGUAUUUUAUUGUAACACAUUCUUAUCAUAUCCAGUCGCAUUUGUUUGAUAACCAUUAUUUUACAUACGUUUCACUCCCUUGGUUUCAUUUCUUUCAGCUACAGCCGAAAUGACCUAGUCAUUGUUAACAGAGACAAUGAAAAGACAAAAAAAAAAAAAUUGGGAUCAGAACUGGAAAAUAGUAUGUGUACAAUAAAUGUAUGGGAACUCUGGAAUGGUUAUUGUUACUUGUAAACCAUUGUUGUGCAUGUUUGAAAACUGUUUUGUAUAGUAUUGUAAAAUUUGAGAAAUAAUUAACUUUAAAUGUGGUUGUGCAAUAUUAAAUUUGUUUUGAUAUCUGUCUGUUGUAUGGCGAGUUGUGUCUUCUUAAAUGUGGUUCUAAUUUUCAAGGGAGGUGGGUUCUGUUUCAAAAUCUCACUUACAUCAAAGUGUUUACACCUGUCAUUCCCCACCCCCUCUUCUUUUGUUAUUUUCAAAGUAUGCUUUUAUUUUCUGGACUUUUUUUAGGAACUGGAAACUUAUUGAUAGAUGAAUUAUUUCAUAUUGGAAGUCGCCAUCUCCCUUGCAGGUAACAUUUUUUUUGUUUGAACGAGUGAAUUUCUUUUAAACAAUGCUGUGAUUAGUGAUGUGUGAUUUCACUGAAUAGUGCAGAUGGGUGGAUCAAAGAGGCCAACAAUAACUGAAAGUGGCAGAACAUAAAAAAGGCAGUUGACAGCAUUCUAGUUUGACUGCAUUGCAUAAUACAUGAGAGCACCAUGUGAAUCUAAAUAUUGAAAUACUUAUAAAACUGGCCUGAAACUCCAUCCUUCUUACGGUGUUAUCUAGCUACUGUGUUGAUCUGCUUAACACUACAUCAGAAAUCAUGACUGCUUACUUUUGGUUCUCUAGCAUUUGCUGUCUGAACUGACCAUUUAAUGUGUACCAAAGAAAUGUUCUUCAUAGUGUAGAUACUGUUGUGUUCUUCGUAUUAUCAAUAUGCCCAUCUUUUUCUUUCUAGUGCUCAAAUAUUUAUUAAGUUUUCACCACAACUUAAGGUACAUUUUCUGUGCUAGGGGAGUCACAAUAGUUUCAAACUUAAAAAUAUUCUCCCCUGUUCUUCCUUGAUAUGUCACUUCCCGCGAGCAUUACUUGAUGCUUAAGGAGCUUAAAAGAAUUGGUAAGGCCAUAAUUCUCAAACAUGUUUUGUGCCAUGGACUAAAUCUUUGCUAUGCCUAGACUAAUGUAGCAAAGAUUUAUUCGAUUCACACUGUCCAGUGAUUGCAGUUUCCAAAUGCCAUCACGUUUUGAUGCCUCUUAUGAAUGAUGGGUGAAACAAUUUUAAUAUAGAAUAAAUAUUUUGUGUGUAUUCAUGUUAUUCACUUUGUUUCUUUUUGAGAAAUUCAUUCUUCCAUUGUUGUCCUUCAAAAAAUUCAAACCAGAACUGAUCAAAAUUAAUAGUAAUUCCCCCUCUUGCUUUGAGCUAUUUUCUAAGUUAAUAAUCCUUUUUGCCGUCUCCUCUAAAUUUCCCGAUUUGAAACUGCAGCUUCUAAAAUGUUUGCUGUGGUUACACAGAACUGAACAUCAUUCUAAGUUAAUUAUCCAUUGUGAGGGCAUAGAUAUGCUUCUGAAGUAUAGCACAAAUAUGUUGUCUUGCAUUUGCGCUACUGUUCUUUUAGCUCUUGCUGUGCUCCUUGUCAAAUGUGAAGGGCCAAAAUAUUUGUUUGCUUUAGAAAACUGUGUGUAUGUCUGUUCAAUUGUGCUAUAUCGUUCUUAAUGUACUGUUCGUACCUUACCAUAAUGUUAAAUUUGCCUAACUGCAUGUUGUGGAAAGGAUGCUAGUUGUGCAUCUUCACUACAGGAGUCUGGCAAUGUGAAUGUCUGCGUAGUUGUUAAUUUAAAAUGGAGUUUUAUGGAAUAAAUCAAUGUGUCAAAAUUCAAUGUGUGAUACCAAGAAUGCAUUAAAAUGUUGUGAUAA